AUCUAUCUCGCUCUCUUCUGCGACCCAGUUCUCUCUGUCCCUCUUGCCAGUUCUCUCUGUGUCACCAUCUCUACAUCGACCUUAGUGCGCGUGGUUCGGUGCUCAAACUGUCAAACAGGUGCAGAAAUGGCUGGAAACACGGGAGUGCAUGAAAGUGAAGAAUUCGUGUACAGAAUCAGCACCGCUGAUGAGUGGUCAGAACUGCAAACGAGUAGAUGUACGUUUGGCCAACAACUCGACAAGGAUUCUGGCUUUAUCCAUCUCAGUAAACUCAAUCAGGUAAAGUCGACCUUAGAAAGGUUUUACCUGGGUACUACAAAGGAUCUUUUCCUACUCCAGAUUGAUUCUGAAAAGCUUGGAGAUGGAUUGAUUUACGAAGCUGUGGACGAUUCCAACGUCUUUCCCCAUUUCUAUGGCCCAUCUCGAAGUUUCACUCCUCUUGCCUUCGACAUGGUUGUCAAAGCCGAGAGACUAGUUUUAUCGAAUGGGCAAUUUAUUUGCAGUAUGCUGAAUUAGUUAGAAAGGUAGUUUUUUCAAACUCAUGCCCUUCUCUUCCUGCAUAAACUCAUUUAUGUUUUUUAUAACCAUGAGUCUAGGUGUGGACAAUACGGAUAAUAUCUGGCAGCGGUUAGCCUGAGAUGUUACACCCCGGGAUAGGAACUCCCAUACCCCCACCAUUGGGUGGGAUACACGGGAUUUAUUUGAUUUGGUUUGAUAUCGUGUUUAGUACAUUAUUUCUUUUG